UCACAGAUCGCUUAUCCAACCAAUCAGAGCUCCCUGACGUAACCGCCCCCGCCGCUGCGGGAGACCCGGGGGUCACGUGAUCACAGUCCAGCAGGGGACUCGCAGGAGAGCAGACCAUGGCGUGUGUGUUGGCGUGUGUGCUGCUUCUCUGUGCUCUGGUCCACAGGAGCUCAUCAUGUGCGUCCACUCAACGAUGCUCUGAUGAACGGACGCAGAAACUGGACCCUGAAGUGAACAUGAACAUUUCAGAGAUCAUCAGGAGGUGGGGUUAUCCGGCAGAGGAGCACGAGGUCGUGACGGAGGACGGGUACAUUUUGAGCGUCAACAGGAUCCCGAGUGGACUUAAACGCACCGCAGGUCCGAAGCCGGCGGUCCUCCUGCAGCACGGCCUUCUGGCGGCGGGCAGUAACUGGGUCACCAACCCUCCGAGCUCCAGUCUGGGCUUCGUUCUGGCCGACGCCGGUUACGAUGUGUGGAUCGGAAACAGCCGGGGAAACACCUGGUCCAAGAGGCACCGGACCCUCACACCAGACCAGGAGGACUUCUGGAAGUUCAGUUAUGAUGAGAUGGCUCUGAAGGAUCUUCCCGCCGUCAUAAACCACGUCCUGAAUGUGACGGCCCAGGACCAGAUCUUCUACAUCGGACACUCUCAGGGAACAACCAUCGCAUUCAUGGCAUUCUCGGCGCUGCCAGAACUGGCCAGUAAGGUCAAGCUUUUCUUCGGUUUGGCUCCCGUAGCGACUGUGGCGUUCACCAACAGUCCGAUGACCAAACUGUCCGUCCUGCCUGACGCCCUCAUCUGGGACCUGUUUGGUAAGCGGGACUUCCUGCCUCAGAGCGACUACAUCAAGUGGAUGGCGGAGCACAUCUGUGGCAAGCGUCUACUCAGCGAGCUCUGCGGGAACAUCUUCUUUGUUCUCUGCGGCUUUGACGAGAAAAACCUGAACAUGACUCGGACUCCGGUCUACACGACCCACUGCCCUGCCGGGACAUCGGUCCAGAACAUGGUCCACUGGGCCCAGGCGGUUCAUGGAGGGAAGCUGAUGGGCUUUGACUUUGGACCUGCUGGAAAUAUGAAGCAUUACAACCAGUCCACCCCCCCUGAGUACCACGUCAAGGACAUGAAGGUUCCCACCGCUCUGUUCUCCGGUGGACAAGACACCCUCGCAGAUCCCAAAGACGUCGCGGUUCUUCUUACUCAGGUCUCCAACCUGGUCUACCAUCAGCACAUCCAACACUGGGAACAUCUGGACUUUAUCUGGGGUCUGGAUGCUCCGGAGCAGAUGUUCCCGUCCAUCCUGAAGCUGCUUCAGAAGCAUCUGUAGAGACGAGCUGCUGUUUCUUUCCAGGCCCUGCAGAGUCCAGCAGGAGGAAGACUCUGGAAUCCCCCAUAUUCAGUCUCCGCCUCCUUCCUUCAGAUGUUUCUGCAGCUGGACGACACGUUUUUAACCGCUGUGCCUAAAUCUAAUCACAGACAUUCUGAAUAUCUGUUGAAGAACCAAACACUUUUGGGGAUUUCAUUCCAGAAGGUUGGAUCACCUCAGUGAUGAAGAUCAAUCGUCUUCAUGGACGGUCUCUGCAGGCUGGACUCUGGUCCUGAGACAUUUUGUUCUAUUUGACCAUAAAUGUUCUGCUGGGUUCUGGUCCAGACUGUUGGCGGUCACACUCUUCAGUUUAUGUUCCAGAGAUUCUUCAUCCUCCUGGGAAACAUCAUUAUCAUCAUCAUCAGCAAACCUGUUGCGUGCGUCACUUUAAGGACUGUUGAGGGUCUAAAAAAGAGUUCCUGUCUUCCGUUUGGUUUGUUGGUCUUCGCCUCAGUCAGAGGUUUGUCAGAAGGUCUCAUGUUGGGAAUCUUCUGGAAAAGUCUUCAGUUUUGCUCCUUUUGGUGAAUAAACGGCGGUUUUAUGACCAGAUGACCUCC